AACUCUCCGAGAAUAUGUGCAUGAAACCUCGAUCGAGCCACUGUAAUAGGUGGGGAGCUAUAAGUAUAAGCUUAAACCUGGCAUUCGAGAUGACCUGAUAGUGGAGGGACACGCUGGUUUGGGAACAGAUUACGCAAGGUCCCCACGAGACUGUUGAGGUGCGGAGUCGAGGUUUUUAAUAUUCAGUAUUCAGCUUGGCGUGACUGAGUAUCAAAUGCAGACAUGAGCAGCUUGAAGGCUAAAGUCAUUGCCAUCACCGGCGCGGCGUCGGGUAUUGGAAACGCUACGGCGAAACACAUCGCCUCUCUUGGCGCGCGGGUGUCGAUAUCGGAUGUCAAUGAGGAGCUUCUCUCCUCCGUUACGACAGAGCUCACGGGCCUCUACGGUGCAGAGAACGUUUUUUCCAAGAUUGUCGAUGUGCGGGACCGAAAGGCGGUAGAUGCGUGGAUCGCCGAGACAGUCGAGAAGCUCGGACCGCUCGACAGCGCGGCCAAUGUCGCCGGUGUCCUCGGACGGCAGGCGGCUGACAACUUACCAGUGGUGCGAUUGACACGCCAAUCUUAAGAAAGUCAUUGGAGACCGCGGAAACGGGAGCGGAUGUCUUCCCGGCGCUCUUGGGGAGGAUUGGAGAGCCCAUGGAAGUUGCUACGACGAUCACGUUUUUGCUUGGAGAGGAAGCGUCGUACGUGACGGGUCAAGCUUGGUUAGUCGACGGAGGGUCAUUGCCAUAGGGGCUGGGGGUGAAUGAGACCAUAGGAAAUGAGUUGAUUGCACUCCGAGUCCCUAGUAGUCGGUCGGUACCAACGUCACGUCCAUGUCAACUUUGGGCAAGUCGUAUGUGAGGGCGGCUACGAAUUUACUUGUGCCGAGCCAAAAAUAAGACAGUUAUUCCAUAAUCGACGUUUUGGAAUCAUUGAUCGACCUAAUUUUGAACUACGUGCUGACUGUACUUCCGAAGUGUUGUAUGCUGGUUGUCGAAGAACGAUUGGUUCGGCUUAUCGG